CUUGCAGAGAGGGUUCCCACAGCGGGACGGUCUCUGGCUGUGGGUGUGGUGUGAAAGCCUGCCGUCACUGUGGUUGCGUCCCCAUUUCCCAGGGCUGGGGGGGAUCAGAUCAGGUUGCACUCUUUUCCCACAACUUGAAUGCCCCUUUGGAAAGAAUAGGAAAUGCAAUACUGUGUGCGUCCCCAGGGGAGCGCAGGUGUAAUUAGCAGGUUGCAUUGCAGGACAUUAACUUCCUGUUAGACCUAACGUGAUUUUUCACAUGAAGGCAAAUGACCCGAAACACGUCUCAUGUUUAUGCGCUGUACAAUAUCUUUAGAUUAUGUGAAACAAAAAACAAUAAUAAAUCACAUGACAGUUGAAGUAAGAGCGCAGUGAAUCGACACUGGUAAACGGUGAAAUGUGGAGGGGUUGGACUGAGGAGGUGAAGGUCCGGGGAGGGCCUGUGGGGGAAUGACGAGGUCGCUGUUCGCCGUUCAGAAUACACCAUCACCAUGUACGACAUCAAGAACAGGGAGCUGCGCUGGAACGCCACCUACUCGGACUACGCCUCCACCCUGCACGACGAGGACGACGGCGGCAGCAAAUACACAGAGGCGGCCCACUUCGUGUCCAACGGCGACGGGCUGGUGGUGACGGUGGACUCCGAGUCGGGGGACGUGCGGUGGGUGCAGAACUACGACUCGCCCGUGGUGGCCAUGUACAUCUGGCAGCGGGACGGCCUGCGCAAGGUGCCGCACACCAACGUCGCCGUGGAGACGCUGCGCUACCUCACCUUCAUGUCCGGGGAGGUGGGCCGCAUCACGCAGUGGAAGUACCCCUUCCCCAAGGAGAAGCCCAAGAACAAGCUGAUGUCUACCCUGUACGUGGGGAAGUACUCCACCAGUCUGUACGCGUCGCCGUCCUUGGUGCACGACGGCGUCACCGUUGUGCCCCGCGGCAGCACCUUCCCCCUGCUGGAGGGGCCCGGCAGCCAGGGGCCCGCCGGCGGGGAGGACAAGGAGUGCGUCAUCACCCCCAGCACCGACGUCAAGUUCUCCACCGCCCUGAAGGAGCGCAACCGCGUCAACUUCAUGAGGAACUACCUGCUGCUGAUCGGGCACCACGAGACGCCCCCAAACGCUCACCACAAACUCCUGGAGCGGUUCCCGGACAGCAUACCCCGGCAGCAGGGCAACGUCAUCCCCCCCAGCGCGGACAAGCCCAUGGAAGAGCAGAAGGUGAAUGACAGUGACAUGGAGGACAGCACCGCGAGGCCCCCGGUCACGUCUGUGCAGGAGAAGGGGGGCAGGCCGGCGCGCGUGGAGGCCCCGGUGGACUCCAUGCUCAAGGACAUGGCCACCAUCAUCUUCUGCACCUUCCUCCUGGCUGGAUGGGUGGCCUUCGUCAUCGCAUAUCCCAAGAGCGUGCACCGGCAGCAGCAGCUGCAGCACCAGGAGUUCCAGCGGCAGAUGGAGGAGAAGCUGGAGCUCCUGCAGAGGCAGCAGCUGGUCUUCCAGCCGCCCGCCGACCUGCCGCCGGACGCCGACUUCCUGCUGGACGUGGCGCGGGCGCGGGCCGAGAGCUCCAACAACAGCAGCCCCAGCCUCACCCCGCGCGCCUCCAACCACUCCGACCUGUCCGCGCCCGAGCCGGGCGGCGCCGGCGCCGAGCAGGACGACGGAGCAGACGAGGAGUCCAGUGUUGUCAGGGUUGGAAACAUUUCCUUCAGUCCGAAAAACGUGCUGGGUCACGGAGCAGAGGGAACCAUCGUGUACAAGGGCCAGUUUGACAACCGUCCCGUGGCGGUGAAGCGAAUCCUCCCAGAGUGCUUCAGCUUCGCCGACCGCGAGGUGCAGCUGCUGCGCGAGUCGGACGAGCACCCCAACGUCAUCCGCUACUUCUGCACCGAGAAGGACCGGCAGUUCCAGUACAUCGCCAUCGAGCUGUGCGCCGCCACGCUGCAGGAGUACGUGGAGCAGCCUGGCUUCCAGCGUCACGGCCUGCAGCCGGUGGACCUGCUGCAGCAGACCAUGUCCGGGCUGGCUCACCUGCAUUCGCUGAGCAUCGUGCACCGGGACCUGAAGCCACACAACAUCCUGGUGUCGGUGCCCAACGCGCACGGGCGCGUGCGGGCCAUGAUCUCGGACUUCGGCCUGUGUAAGAAGCUGGCGGUGGGCCGGCACAGCUUCAGCCGCAGGUCCGGCGUUCCCGGCACCGAGGGCUGGAUCGCCCCGGAGGUCCUGAGCGAGGACUGCAAGGACAACCCCACGUGCGCUGUGGACAUCUUCUCUGCGGGCUGCGUGUUUUACUACGUGGUGUCGCAAGGCCGCCACCCCUUCGGCAAGUCCCUGCAGCGGCAGGCCAACAUCCUCCUGGGCGCCUACAGCCUGGAGCACCUUCAGACAGACAGACACGAAGGCAUCGUGGCCACAGACCUGAUUCUGCAGAUGCUGAGCAUGGAGCCCCAGAAGAGGCCGUCUGCAGAGAGCGUGCUCAAGCACCCCUUUUUCUGGGGCCUGGAGAAGCAGCUGCAGUUCUUCCAGGACGUGAGCGACCGGAUAGAGAAGGAGCCGCUGGACGGACCAAUCAUCCGACAGCUGGAGAGAGGGGGGCGGGCGGUGGUGCAGGGGGACUGGAGGGAGAACAUCACCGUCCCCUUACAGACAGAUCUGCGCAAGUUCCGUUCGUAUAAAGGCGGAUCGGUCCGAGACCUGCUCCGAGCCAUGAGGAAUAAGAAGCACCACUACCGGGAGCUGCCGGCCGCCGUGCAGGAGACGCUGGGCUCCAUCCCCGACGGCUUCGUGUGCUACUUCACCUCCCGCUUCCCGCACCUGCUGCAGCACACCUACCGGGCCAUGCACGCCUGCGCUCACGAGCGGCUCUUCCUGCCUUACUACCACUACAGAGGGACCCCCGUGCAAACCCCGCCCCCGCCCGUACAAACCCCGCCCCCUCCUGCACAAACCCCGCCCCCUCCUGCACAGACCCCGCCCCCUCCUGUACAAACCCCGCCCCAUCCCGCACAAACCCUGCCCCCUCCUACACAUGCCCCAGCCCCUUCCGCACAGCCCCCGCCUCCUUCUGCACAAACCCUGCCCCCUCCUGCACAAAUCCCACCCCCUCCCACACAAACCCUGCCCCCUUCCACACAAAACUCGCCCCUCCUGCACAAACCGUGCUCCUACCUGCUCCUGCACAAACCCUGCCCCCUCCUGCAGAGCCCCCGCCCCCUUCUGUACAAACCACGCCCCCUCCUACACAAAUCCAGCCUCCACCCACACAAACCCCGCCCCCUCCUACACAAAGCCAGCCUCCACCCACACAAACCACACCCCCUCCUACACAAAGCCAGCCUCCACCCACACAAACCACACCCCCUCCUACACAAAUCCAGCCUCCACCCACACAAACCCCACCCCUCCUACACAAAUCCCGCCUCCACCCACACAAAUCCCGCCCCCUCCUACGCAAAGCCAGCCUCCCCACACACAAACCCAUUCCCCCCCACCAGAUCCCGCGCAGCUCAAACUGCCAGAGGAGCCCCCGCACAUGGACUCCGUGUGAGAGACGGACAUGUUUGUGUGUGGGGGGGCGGGGGGGUGUUGGUUGGGCUUGGCUUUGCAACUUCUAUGCCUUAAGAGGUGAACACAUUCCAGGGCUGGCCGUCCUCCACCGUGCUGGUGAGAGAAGAGCCUGCAGUGCUCGGACCUCACCACCGGAGGGCGCCUCACCCUUCCCAAGUGCCUUUGCUGCGUGCUAAACGGCUCUCCGUGGAGCCGGAGAAACGACCCUCAGGCCCAGAGCGGUUGAAGCGGUCUGUCUGUGCGGGGGGGGCCCCGUGCUUUCAGUGCCUCUCACAUGGGACUGUGCGUACGUCUCAUAUUUCAAACGUUUCGUAUUUUUUGGCUAACUCACUGUAAACCCACUCACCUGCCCCCCCCCCCAAAAGAAAUUGUGGUGGCGCCCGGGGUGUCCUACACUUCGCUUCUGCAAACAGCCGCAGCCGUUCUGCGCAGUUUUAAGUGUUUCUCUCGGUGAAGCCGUGGAGUGUUCUGGGCGUGCCGUAGCGUUUGAUUCUGAUUUAAAAGGAUCAUCAGCUGUGGCCGGAGUUCCUUAUACCCCCCGGCUACACUGCUUUUGCAUCCACCUACAGAAACUCCAGUGGCAGUCCUUACCCGUCCGCAUGGACAAUAACUUUGAACCGGCCUUCAACCGGAGGCAUUUUAUGGUACAGGGAGUGUUUGUGAAAGGUUUAAAUUCCAAAGGUUGCUAAUUUAUUAUUGGGUAACUGUUGUUUUGUUAGUUUUUUUUUUUUCUUUUCUUUUGUUUCUGUUUUUUUAGAUUUUGGGCAGAUUUAAUGAUCCUCCCUCCCGUGAGGUUUUAUCAGUUGUCUAUACAGCUCGUGUGUGGCACCAUGUGACAUGGCUUCGGGAGAUUCAACAUCACGGUUGAUAAUCAUAAAAGCACAGUUUAUUAGUGCAAACUGAUGGCAGGCUUCCGGGCUUGUAGUGUUUAAAGGCACGUAUCUACUGCUGCUAUGAGGCAAGUGCAUAAUGAAGUGCCACAUCUUCGCCUCAGUAGGUAAAUAGUAGGUUAAAAUUAUAUUUAAAGGGAUUUACAGUAUAUAAAAUUUAAGUAUACAAUGAACAUCUUUGCUGUAAGCUGUGCUUGUAGCAAACGGAUAGACCUCACUGUGAAAUACAUGUGCAGGGGUAUUCUGCUGAAAUAUAGAGUAUGAAAAAAACGUGAAUAUGAAAGUGUGUGAAUAUGAAAGAAUAUGAAUAUGAAAUUUAAGUGUGAAGUGUACUGCUUUGUGUGUUUGUUUGAUUCUGCCCCAUACAAGAAAGAUAUCAUGUCUGAUGGUGUUUUAAAACAUUAUGCCAAACGUGUAUUAUCUCUUGGCUGUUUUUUGACCUUUCCAACGUUUUUUUUCUUAAAUCUGUAUAGUAAUGGCCUUGUUUUAUGUCAAAACUGUAAUUAUCUCUGGGGCCAGGGUGUGCUGUUUGUUUUUCAUUCCCAGUCUGCAGGUCACCAUAACGACGAAGGUGUAUUAAUGUAUUGAUGUGUCGUUUUCACACCCAGGAUUCACACUGCCAUCCAGAAAGGAAAUACUUGAACAUGAUACUUCAGGAAGAAUUUUACUCCUUUUUGGUGUCUGCUAUUAGAAGCAGUUUUCCACUGAAUGGUUUUAUUCAAUGAAACGCAAAGAAAAAAAAUUGAGUUGGAUAGCGGACGGGGUGGUGGGGGGGGGGGGGGGAUUGGGGGUGCAUUAACAAAUCACGGUAUAGCAUCUAAUGUAUAUUUUGUAUUAAAGAGGAAGAGAUUUUCAAAUGUCUUUUUUGCUAAUUAUUUUGUAAUGGAUUUCAUUUUUUCAAUUUUGCUUUUCAAAUGGUAUUAGAAGCUCUCAGAUGUUUUUAGCGGUGUUAUUUUUUUCCCUCUCACAUCUUUGCUUACUUUUUUACGCUCCCCGAAAUAUAACAUGCAAACUGCUGAGAUCCAAAAUAAAUGAGCAAACUCUUUGUUUAAAUCCAUGUGUUUUCAAACUUCUUUUAAUUAAAAUUUUAUAGGAUGAUGAUAUUUGUUGUGCUUGUACAAUUGCUAACCUUACAUGUUUUGUGUGACGUAGUUCGACAAUCUAGGUACCGAGGUGUAGCUAUCAAUACUGAUUGGAUAUUGGAUAUUCUUUCUCAGGAUCACAGGAUCAACCUCAGGAUCGCGUGUUACAAGCAGGAUUUUGGUGAUACUCAGCUUCUGCGGUAGCCUAGCUGUGAAACAGACCACAACAACGUAAUGACGUAGGCCACAGUAGCUGCACUGCAUACGCAUACUGCAGAAAUUUAAAGGCAUUUAAAAUGCAACAUCUGGUGAAACAGAUUUAUUUCCAUAGCCGUGCACCAUCCACUGAUCGGACCCAGACAUCAAUUGCAUUUUUUUCAAAAAGGACAUCGAAGAUAGCUAUCGCAAACCAGGGUGUGUCUUCUGUUCUGACACUUACUAAAGUCUGGUUCAAAUCGGGACGUGCUGCAACCACCCGCGGGCUCUGGUCGGGUUUGGGUCGAAAAGGGCGGAACUUUGUGUCUCAGGAAAUCGAAACUUACGGAACACUAUAAUUCAUAAGCUGGACAGUCUUGACAAAUCAUAAUUGGAGGAACGAGGUUGCUAGAUGUAUUUUCUUUAGGCUAUAUUUCUGAUUUUGUAGUAGCAUACUGGACCACAAACAUUUCUAUCAUGAAGUCGCGACGCUAGAAGAAAUCUCUG